UCGGUAACUCUACUCCGCUGUGAUGUCAGCAGCGGUAAUGCGCGCUGGAGCUCCGCUGGAGCCACAGCAGAACCGCCUCUACCGGGAGAAAAUCCGCUACAAGCCCAAAUGCCAGAAAAAAACGGGGAUUUGACAACAUGGCGUACUUUCUGUGGAAUAACUUUUCUUAAGACGUAACGAAUAAUUGUGCAUCGCGACGAAGCCGAAUAUCGGGGACGUUGGCAGAACUUUAAUUUGACCUUUUGAAAUAGAUUUUUCAUCUUUUUGUAAAUACUUCUACCAUGGGAUGAAAGUUUCGAGUUGUCGCAGACCGUUGAAGUAGGACAGGAUGGAGAAACAAGGAUCUCGAAAAGAAAAGUGAGUGAAAGCAACCGCUAAGACAGAGAGGACCAGUUCAGCGUGUUCGGCCCGCGGUCCCUGGGCCGGGCGGUGACUGUGUCCGAGGGCCGAGGCCUGAGCAAGGCGGAGUUCAUGGAGAAGGUGCGGCAGAGCAACGAGGCGUGCCAGCGCGGUGACUUCCAGAGCGCCGUGCGUCUCUACGGCGACGCCCUGCGCGCCGACCCCCAGAACUGCAUCCUGUACAGCAACCGCUCGGCCGCGCACCUGAAGCUGGGCGACUACCAGACCGCACUGGACGACGCCAUCAAGGCCCGUCUGCUCAACCCCAAGUGGCCCAAGGCAUACUUCCGACAGGGUGUGGCCCUGCAGUACCUUGGUCGCCAUGCCGAUGCGUUGGCAGCGUUUGCGUCUGGAUUGGCUCAGGACCCCAAGAGCCUUCAGCUGCUACUGGGCAUGGUGGAGGCUGCCAUGAAGUCCCCACUGCGCCAGUCGCUGGAGCCCACCUAUCAGCAGCUGCAGAAGAUGAAGCUGGAUAAGAGUCCGUUUGUGGUGGUGUCUGUGAUUGGUCAGGAGCUGCUGGGCGCCGCCCAUCACGGCGCGUCGGUGGUGGUGCUAGAGGCGGCCCUCAAGAUCGGCACCUGCAGCCUGAAGCUCCGCGGGUCGGUCUUCUCCUCCCUCAGCUCUGCCUACUGGUCGCUGGGCAACACGGAGAAAAGCACCGCCUACAUGCAGCAGGACCUGGAGGUGGCCAAAACCUUAGGUGACCAGACAGGAGAGUGUCGUGCUCAUGGAAACUUAGGCUCCGCCUUCUUUUCCAAAGGCAACUACAGAGAGGCUCUGACCAAUCACAGACACCAGCUGGUGCUCGCUAUGAAGCUGAAGGACCGCGAGGCGGCGUCCAGUGCUCUCAGUAGCCUCGGCCACGUGUACACAGCCAUCGGAGACUACCCCAACGCCCUGGCCAGCCACAAGCAGUGCGUCCUGCUGGCCAAGCAGUCCAAGGACCAGCUGUCCGAAGCGCGCGAGCUGGGCAACAUGGGCGCGGUCUACAUCGCCAUGGGCGACUUCGACAACGCCGUGCAGUGCCACGAGCAGCACCUGAGCAUCGCCAAGUCGCUAGGCAACCAGCGGGAGGAGGCGCGCGCCUACAGCAACCUGGGCAGCGCGUACCACUACCGGCGCGACUUCGACAAGGCGCUGUCGUACCACACGCGUGUGCUGGACCUGGCCGCCGCGCUGCAAGAGCGGCCCAUCCAGAUGCGCGCCUACGCCGGCCUCGGACACGCCGCCCGCUGCAUGCAGGACCUGGAACGCGCCAAGCAAUACCACCAGAGCCAGCUGGGCAUCGCCGACGAGCUCAAGGACCAGGCCGCACAGGGGCGGGCAUCCUCCAACCUGGGCAUAAUCCAUCAGAUGUGUGGGGACUACGAGACGGCCCUGAAGCUCCACAAGGCCCACCUGGCCAUCGCCCAGGAGCUCAGCGACUACGCCGCCCAGGGCCGUGCCUACGGCAACAUGGGCAACGCCUACAACGCGCUGGGCGCCCACGAGCAGGCCGUGCGCUACCACCGGCAGGAGCUGCAGAUCUCCAUGGAGGUGAGCGACCGCGCCUCGCAGGCGUCCACGCACGGCAACCUGGCCGUGGCCUACCAGGCGCUGGGCGCCCACGACCGCGCCCUGCAGCACUACCAGCACCACCUGGGCAUCGCCCGAGAGCUCCGCGACGUCCAGAGCCAGGCGCGCGCCCUCGGCAACCUGGGCAACUUCCACUGCUCACGUGGCGAGUUCGCCCAGGCCGUGCCCUUCUACGAGCAGUACCUGCGUCUGGUGCCCGACCUCCAGGACAUGGAGGGCGAGGGGAAAGUGUGCCACAACCUGGGCUACGCCCACUACUGCCUGGGCAGCUACCAGCAGGCAGUCAAGUACUACGAACAGGACCUGGCACUGGCCAGGGACCUGCACGACAAGCUGAGCCAGGCCAAGGCCUACUGCAACCUGGGGCUCGCCCACAAGGCCCUGGGGGCGUACGCCCAGGCCGAGGAGUGCCAGCGCUACCUGCUCUCGCUGGCGCAGUCGCUGGGCAACGUGCAGGCGCGCUUCCGGGCGCUCGGCAACCUCGGCGACAUCUACGUGUGCAAGAAGGAUGUUGCCGGCGCCGUCCAGUUCUACGAGCAGCAGCUGGCCCUGGCACAGGCGCAGCAGCAGCAGGGUGGCAGCGGUGGCAGCGGUGGCGGCGGAGACAGCGACCGGCGCAUGGAGGCGGGCGCGUACGCCGCUCUCGGGGCUGCCCACCGCCUGCUGCAGCAGUACGAGCGCGCGCUGGCCUAUCACACGCAGGAGCUGCACGUGCAGCAGCAGCUGGGUGACCUGCAGGGGGAGCUCCAGGCCCACGGGCGCCUGGCCGCCGUGCACAUGGCACAGGGGCACUACGAGCUGGCGCUGCGCUGCUACGAGGACCAGCUGCAGCUGGCACAGCGGCUCAAGGAGCCGUCGGCCGAGGCGCGUGUCUACGGCAACAUGGGCAUCACCAAGAUGAACAUGGGCGUGGUGGAGGAGGCGCUGGGCUUCUUCGAGCAGCAACUGGCCACUCUGCAGCAGCUGAGCUCCUCGCAGGCCUCGCUGGAGCGUGGUCGUGCCUACGGCAACCUGGGCGACUGCUACGAUGCCCUGGGCGACCAUGAGGAGGCUAUCAAGCACUACGAACAGCAUCUGUCUGUGGCACAGAGCCUGAACCACCUGCAGGACCAGGAGAGGGCCUACAGCGGACUGGGCAACGGGCACAGGGCGCUGGGUCAUCUCCAGCAGGCGCUGGUGUGCUUUGAGAAGCGCCUGGUGGUGGCCCACGAGCUGGGUGAGUGUGCGCUGAAGGCGCAGGCGUACGCGGAGCUGGGCGCGCUGCACAGCCUUCUGGGAAACUACGAGCAGGCGCUCUCCUGCCUGGAACGCCAGCUGGCCAUCGCCCGCGAGACCAGGGACCGGCUGCUGGAGGCCGACGCCAGCUGUGGCCUGGGCGGCGUCUACCAGCUGAUGAGCGAGCACGAGAUGGCACUACGCUGUCACCAGCUCGACCUGCAGAUCGCCACGGAGACGGGCAGUGCCGAGCGGCAGGCCCGCGCCUACGGCAACCUGGGCCUCACCUAUGAGUCGCUUGGCAACCACGAGAGGGCAGUGGCCUUUCAGGAGCAGCAUCUCAGCAUUGCCGCAGAAACCAACGACCUGGCGGCAAAAACGCUGGCUUACGGAAGCCUGGGCAGGACACACCAUACGCUACGCAACUAUUCACAGGCUGUCAUGUACCUACAGGAGGGUCUGCGUCUGGCAGAGCAGUUGAGCCGCCGUGAAGACGAGGCAAAAAUUCGCCAUCGAUUGGGUCUGUCCCUGUGGGCCAGUGGAAACCUGGAGGAGGCCCAGCACCAGCUGUAUCGUGCGUCAGCCCUCUUUGAGACAAUCCGGCAUGAGGCUCAACACAGCACCGACUACAAGCUCUCCCUCUUCCAUCUUCAGACAGCCUGCUACCAGGCCCUGCAGAGAGUCCUCGUCAGCCUAGGCCAUCAUGAUGAAGCACUAGCAGUGGCAGAGAGGGGACGCACUCGAGCAUUUGCCGACCUGUUGGUAGAGAGACAAACAGGUCACCAAGACGACCCCUACACGCCAGUUACCGUGGAGACCAUCCUGGAGACAGUCAACGCACAGCGGGCUCUGGUGCUCUACUACUCUCUGGCCGCCGGAUACCUGUACAGCUGGCUACUCGCACCUGGAUCAGGCAUCUUGAAGUUCCAUGAGGUGUACGUGGGGGAGGGGGGUUCCGAGGGGGGGUCAGCAGAGUUCCAGGAGAGUGGCGGUGGGGUGGGGUCUCCGCCCGCGGCCUCCUCGCUGGACCAGCACAUCGCCAGCACGCGUGAAGCCCUGGGCGUGGAGUCCUACUACAGCAGAGUGUGCUCCAGCAGUGAAACAGAGAGCGAGGCAGGUGACCUGCUGGACUUUGAGGAUCGCCUGUCCUCAGCCGACCCCAGUGGUUUCCUCAGGAGGGUCUCUAGGACCAGCCUCUUCAACAGGAGCUUCCACAGCAUGUCCAGUCUUGCGAGUGCCCCGGUGUCUCCAGUGAGGGAGAGCUCCAGUCUGCCCCGCCGCAACAGCAGCACCAAGCCGCCCCUCCGAGCCCUCUACGACCUGCUCAUCGCCCCAAUGGAGGGGGGUCUGAUGCACUCGUGCGGAGCGGCGGGUCGACUCAAACAGCUGGUGCUGGUGCUGGAAGGAGAGCUCUAUUUGAUCCCGUUCGCCCUGCUGAAGGGCAGCUGCAGUAACGAGUAUCUGUACGAGAGAUUCAGCCUCAUCGCAGUGCCUUCCAUUGGGGGCCUCACAGCCACAAGCAAGGGUGUAUCGCGGCGUACAGGCUCAGGUCAGAUCACCGGAGGUGUUUCCAUGGCAGCCGUGGUGGGUAACCCGCGGUUACCUUCCGGUGUGAUGGACCGUUGGCUGUGGGGUCCGAUGCCGUCGGCAGAGGAGGAGGCUCUGAUGGUCGCCGAGCAGCUGGGUUGCCAGGCGCUGACGGGCGCCGUGGCGACCAAGGAGCGCGUGAUGGCGGCGCUGUCGCAGGCCGAGUGUGUCCACUUCGCCACCCACGUGUCCUGGAAGCUGGCCGCCCUGGUGCUGAGCCCCGUGCCGGACGUGGCCGGCGGUGCCUCGCACGCACACACACAUGCUACACACACCGCGCACACACACGCACACACACAUGCUACACACACUGCGCACACACACGCACACACACAUGCUACACACACCGCACACACACUACCGGACGACGCCAGCGAUGCUGAGAGCAUCUGCGACAGCACGCCACUGCAGGACAUUCUGCUCACCGCCGCUGACCUGCUGGACCUCAAGCUGUCCGUCAAACUGGUCGUGCUGGGCUCGUAUCAGGAGUCGGUCAGUAAGGUGACUGCGGAUGGCGUGGUGGGUCUGACCCGAGCGUUCCUGGCAGCGGGGGCGCAGUGUGUGUGUGUGUCGCUGUGGCCGGUGCCUGUUGCUGCCUCCAAGCUCUUCACACAGAACUUCUACUCGUCACUGCUGGCCGGCGCCAGAGCCAGCGCCGCCCUGGUGGACGCCAUGAGGAGUGUCCAGAGCAACAAGCAGUUCUCCCACCCCUCCAACUGGGCAGGUUUCAUGCUGAUUGGCAAUGACGUGAAGUUGAAUAGUUCCUCCUCUCUCAUUGGUCAAGCCCUGGCAGAGAUCUUGCAAUACCCAGACAAGGCCCGCGAUGCCCUCAGGGUCAUACUGCACUUGGUGGAGAAAUCUCUGCAGCGUAUCCAGAACGGCCAGCGGAACUCCAUGUACACCUCCCAGCAGAGCGUGGAGAACAAAGUGGGAGGGGUUCCGGGCUGGCAGAACCUGCUGAUGGCCGUGGGGUUCCGUCUGGACCUUGCCGGAACCGGACUUCCUGCUGCGGUCUUCUUCCCUACCGCUGACCCAGGAGAGAGACUGCAGCAGUGCAGUGCCACACUGCAGUCACUGCUUGGUCUGCCCCAUCCUGCACUUCAGGCCCUCUGUAAACUCAUCACCAUCUCAGAAGCAGGAGAACAGCUCAUCAACAGGGCUGCCAAGACUGUGGUGGCCAUGCUUCAUCAGGUGUUGGUGCAGCUCCAGAGUGGGGAGAGGGAGCAGGACUUCUCCAUCACACCCAUCCAGACCUCCAUCAGUGUGCAGCUCUGGAGACUACCGGGAUGCCACGAGUUCCUGGCUGCCCUCGGUUUUGACCUGUGUGAGGUUGGUCAGGAGGAGGUGGUGUUAAAGACAGGGAAGCUGGCCAGUCGCCGCAUCAUGCAGUUCGCUCUGCAGUCACUACUUGCCUUGUUCGACUCCACAGAGCUCCCCAAGCGCUUGAGUCUGGACAGCUCGUCCUCCCUGGAGUCGCUGGCGUCGUCCCAGUCCGUGUGCCCGCCGCUGCCCUUCUCGCCCGCGGGCUGCCCAGACAGCCUGGCGUCUGACGCCAUCUCUCUCUACAGCCUGAGCUCCGUGGCGUCCUCCCUCAGCUUCCUCUCUCGUCCAGAGGCGGUCGGCGCCGCCGCCGCAGGGGCAGCCGGGGGGCUCUUUCCUGCCCGCCAGACGGGCAUCCCUCGCAGUCGCUCGUCUCCCACGGCGACGGCGGGCGCCCAGGAGGAGUACGAGGGCUUCAGCAUCAUCAGCAGCGAGCCGCUGGCAACAGCGUCGCGAACCACGACCGCCGGACACCGGGCCGUGCGUGGAGCAGGAGCGGGCAGUGGUGGGGGGAGGGGUGCACGGGCUGUCGGAGCCGGCGUGUCAUCGCGAGGGAGCGUCAGCACCCCGACGUCGCCCGUGAAAGCGCCGCCGCCGCCGAGCCCCCCCAGGAAGCCACCGGGCAGCUCGGACACGGGCGAGUCGUCGGACCAGUCGAGCACGGAGACGGACAGCACGGUGCGCUCGCAAGAGGAGCGUCCGCCGCCGGCUCCGCUCGACCCACAGGAGCUGGCCCAGAAGAUUCUGGAAGAAACCCAGAGCCACUUGAUUGCCGUGGAGUCCCUGCAGAGGACGGCCGGCGGUGGUCAGGACGCCCCGGUGUCAGGGUUCCGCACGGCGGAGACCAGCGCGUUCACCCGGCCCGCCAGCAGGGGGAGCCAGUCGGCUCCCUCCCCGAGCCAGAACCCCCGACCAAAACCGCCGUCCCGCAACUCGUCCCUGCAGAAGGCCAGCUCGGGCUACAACAGCCCAGCCACCUCGGACGCCUCCCUCAAGGACAGCCAGCCGUCGCCAUCACUCUGCGGGACCCCCAGCUUAAGGCUCAAGUACCCCAGCUCCCCAUACAGUGGACACAUCUCCCGUUCCCCGAGCAACGUCUCUCCCAGCUCCGGUCAUCAGUCACCGGGAGGCUCUGCCCCUUCGCCCGCCCUCUCCUACUCUUCAAGCUCGUCCCGCUCCAGCCCGGGAGAUGCGCCGCUGGACCGGCUUCGCCUGGCGGCCAUCGACGAGAAGGUCCAGGCCAUCCACAACCUGAAGACAUUCUGGGCCUGCGCGUCCCAGCCGCCACCAGUAGGGGGCCCAGUCCGUGCACUCCGAGGAAGGGCCAAGAUGAGCCCCGUGCAGAGGGACGUGCUGGGUCUGCUUCACCUGUCCCCCCGGCACACACCAGCCAAUCAGACACAGCAGGACACCAAAAACUCCUCCUCCACCAAUGGGAAGCUCCACGCUCAGAAAGACACACCCUCUAGUGGCAGCAGUCCCGCCCCACAGACUAUCAGACUGCCCUCUGGGAACGGAUACAAGUUCCUGUCGCCAGGGCGAUUCUUCCCCUCCUCAAAAUGCUGAGGCAGGCAUCGUUCAGUGGUGUUGGACCGGUGAGAGCGCCCCCCUGUGGUCCUGUGGAGUACUGACACACAGCUGCACAGGCAGCUGGAGGGAUGUGGCCCAGAUAUGGCUCUGAUCCGGCACGGAUCUGCAUCCUGAGGGCCGGAUGAGGACCCGAUCCUUUCCUGAGGUGGCUGCAGCCUGCCUGCACAGACUCCAUUACCAAGUGCAUAGCAGCACCAAUGCCUAAAACAGGAUGGAGAGAGGAAUACACCAGACAGCAGUUUGACAGAAAGACACUUGCUGGUUCUGUUAGACAACGCAGCCUUGUUUUACUUUUCUUUGUUUAUUUUAAUAAAAUAAACUUUUUAUUCUUGUUAUUACUAGAUUGUAAUUGUUAUUACUGUUUUUGUAAAUUAAAUUCACUGUUUUGCAAUCAGUGUUAUUAUACAUUUAUAUAAGUUAAACGGAGCAAGCCAUGCACAGACUGAAAGGAUGGAAUGGAUAUUUUUUGAAGCGUUGAAAAGGUACUCAAUUUGUCUUCAAUCUGAAUCUCAAGUGUGUUUGUGGACCUGAGAAUGAGUCCUGUUCAGCACUGUGUCUUUUUACCAAACAAACUUUACAAGUGUGGUCUCCCAAUAAAAGACUAUAACAGUAAGUUCUUAAUAAAACAAUGUAAUAAA